AUGGGUGCACGCAGCGCCACCGGCCAGGCGAUCAACCGAGCUUUUGCCAGGAGCAGCAAGGCCAAAGAAAUCUACAAGUGGUUGGGCGAGGACCUGAAGCGCAAGUUUAGGAUGAGCUGGAGCUUGCACCGCAACUUUGACACUGACGUCUUCGUCGAGUUCAAUGAGUGGACGCAGACCGAGAACUUUCUCUUGGUUGAGAAGCUGAGCUCAAGCACCCAGGCAGAGGAGUGGGCCGAAGUGGUGGAGCAGUGUGAUGGAUCGGCUACCUUUGCCACAGAGUCCUUCCGCAUGAAGGCCCGGCGCAAGUAUGCGGUGGUCAAUGGCCUCAAGUUUGAGGACGUGACUGUGGAGGAAGUUGAGAAGUCCCCACAGGGUUUGAAGGGCUGGGGGGAGAUGGUGGUGACCGUCCCCGGCAUCGAGGAGGCUUCGAAAGGAGCGCCGCCUGUGGCCCAGCCUACCUGGAGGAAGCGCAAGGCCGACAGCUCCCCAAUCCGCUGUGGCAAUGAUGUGGAUCCAUCGGAGGCCAUCGAGCUGAAGGAGACCGAGAAGACGGGCAAGAACAUCGUUGUGUACCUCCCCAUGUUGACCUUGUUCGUGGACCGGACAGAGGCGAUUGCCCACCAGAUGAUCGCCCUUGCCAGCAAGAUUGAUGUGAUGUCGAAGGACGAGGAGAGCCAUGAUGGGAUUAGUUCGGCUAGACAAGGGGCUGGCGAGAAGUUGCGCCAGCUGCUGUUAGACCGAUUCGUCAUGGGGUUGCUGCCAGGGUCUGACGUUGCGGAGUUGUGCCACUGGAUAACCAAAGCUGGCGGUGUUGGGGUGCAGGAUUUAGCUCUAAAGCCCGAGCUCGCAAAGCGACAUGGCUCUGAGCAUGUGACGCUCCACGCUGGCAAAGUGUUUCCUGACCGCGACCUUACGUACAUCGACGUGCCACUCUAUCAGAAAAGGGAAGCCCGCAGAACUUCCGAGAAGAUUCCCAUUAUGCUCCCCUCAAAAUUGCUUGAGAAGUUUGUUUUCAAGGAUGAAGUUUACAAGAAGGACGAUGUCAAUCUUGCGAAGUACUUGCAAGGAUUGCCUUGCUAUGAGCAGCAUCCAGUUGUUCGAAGGGCUCGGGCCAACAGAGAAUCAGAGAUUGUCCGACCGCUUGCCUUAUACUGGGAUGGG